GGGUGGCCCGAGUUGUAAGAUCUGUUGGAAUGGCUUUCGUCUUUAGAGCAGCAUUGCAACUCAUUGGACUUUCAUUAUCUUUGCUGGGAUGGGUUUUAUCCGUGAUCACCACUUACUUGCCACAGUGGAAAAACCUCAAUCUGGACCUAAACGAAAUGGAGAACUGGACCGUGGGGCUCUGGCAGGCCUGUGUUAUCCAAGAGGAGGUGGGGAGACAGUGCAAGGACUUUGACUCCUUCCUGGCUUUGCCUGCCGAACUCCGGAUCGCCAGGAUUCUCAUGUUCCUGUCCAACGGGCUGGGGCUCCUGGGCCUGCUGGUCUCCAGCUUUGGCCUGGACUGCCUGAGGAUUGGAGAGACGCGGCGGGGCCACAAGAAGGGGCUGCUGAUCCUGGGAGGGAUUCUGUUCUGGGCGGCAGGGGUCGCGGUCCUGGCUCCGGUGUCCUGGGUCGCCUACCAGACGGUCCAGGAGUUCUGGGAUGAGACUGUGCCAGAGAUUGUGCCCAGGUGGGAGUUUGGGGACGCCCUCUUUCUGGGCUGGUUUGCUGGCUUUUCCCUCCUCCUGGGAGGGGGCCUGCUGGACUGUGCAGCCUGCUUCUCCCAGGCUGCCCCAGCUUCGGGCCACUAUGCAGUGGCAGAAACACGAACUCAGAGUCCAUACCUGGAAAAUGGAAUGGCAGACCCGAGAGUGUAA